AUGAGUCACGAGUAUGAUAGUAAACAACUUUUCAAAGAUUUUGAUGUAGACAGUAAUGGAUAUAUAGAAAAGUCUGAAUUUAUCGAAGGGAUGCGGCGGGUGACAGGAGCGAAUGCGAGUUAUGAUGAUGUCUUUGAAGAUAUUAUGACCUUUGUAGAUGGGAAAGGGAUGAUCAACAAGAAGGACGGCCGUCUGAACAAAAACGAGUUUGACAGAAUAGUAAAGGCGAUGCCAAAAGACUUUUCAAAUCGAAAGGUUGCAAUAGCUACAAUGUUGUUCAACUUAAUUGACAUCGAUAAAAGUGGGACUAUUGAGAUGGCCGAAUUCCACGAAUAUUGUAAGAGAACGAUCGCAAAUAUCAAAUCAGCGGACGUGAAAUACGUGUUCGAGUCGAUUGACGCAAAUGGAAAUGGGAAAGUUCAACUGGAAGAAUUUAUGAAGUGGUUGUUAGCAUAA